CAAAUGUAAUAGGCGGUUUGGCUAUUUCGAGCCAACGCUGCAAUCGCCAACUAACUAGAAAUGUGACACAAUUAGGUGUACGUUACAAACUGUAGAAUAGGUCCAAAAAUAAUCAGCCUAUAUAACAUAAUGGUCUGCUAAAUUAAUUCGAGAUGGUCAAUGUGAAUUUAAGACCUAUAUCGAAACUCGACACAGUGAAAACGCGUCGUGUUUUUAUAUAUUUUAGAUCAAAUGAACGCGAGUAAGAAUGUACGAGAAUUUGAAAUGGUUCAUAUAUUUAAUAAUAAUAAAUUGUUCGUUUGAUGUACAAGGAGAAAGAACUCUAGGAGCGAUAUUUGAUGAUGGAAGUUUUUUUUACGAAGCUGCAUUUAACGUUGCCAUCGAUGCAGUAUCUCAGGAUGAAGAGAAUCCCUUUGUGGGCAAUGUGAUAAAAACUUCGCCUGGUGAUUUACUUGAAGCUGAAAAUGCCAUGUGCUCACUUAUGGAGAGUUCUACAUUUGCGGUAUUCGGGCCUACGACAAGGAUUACAUUACAACAUAUUCAGGGCAUUGCAGAUUUUGUAGAAAUUCCACAAAUAAUCGUCGAACCGAUUGAAACACAAAACCGAAACUGGUCUGCAAUAAAUUUAUAUCCUCAUUAUGUUUCCUAUUCAAAGAUAUUCGCUGAUAUCAUUAAAAUGAAAAGUUGGACAGAUUUCACAAUAAUAUACGAAGGUUCUGAGCAUUUAGCGGUUUUGGACGGCAUAGUUACAAUACAAGACUUAGAUUCAGAGGAAGACAUAUUAAUGACGAUAGUACAACUUCCAGACGGUGAUGAUUACAGAUCGCAAUUGAAAACAAUCAAAUCUUCUGGUUCUGUUAAUUAUUUAGUCAGUUGUGGAAAAGAUAAAUUACCUCAAUUUUUAGAACAAGCUCAACAAGUUGGCAUAAUGUCUGAUGUACAUAGCUAUAUUAUUAUGGAUCCCGAUUUUCAAACAAUUGACAUUAAUCCUUAUAAACAUGGCGGUUCUAAUAUUACAGGAAUUAGAUUUUUUGAUCCAAAUUUGAAAGACAUUGAAAACUUCGUAUCUGCUUUGAAUGAAAAAGUAAAAGAGCUUUCAGAAGGACAAAUAGAAAAUGAUAUACAACAAAGUGAUCUUAAUUUUAAAUUGGCUUUAGUGUAUGAUUCAGUUAUUUUGUAUACCUCGGCCAUCAAUGCAAUGGGUUUAGAGGAAGGCGCAAAUUUUACGUGCGACAGCGGCGAGACUUGGGCAUUCGGCUCCACUAUUAUUAAUCACCUUAGAACUAUGGAAGUUGAUGGUUUGACAGGAACUAUUAAAUUUGAUGACGACGGUUUCCGUUCUGAUAUAGAGGUUGAUGUUCUUGAGGUCAUGGCUCAUGGUUUUGAAAAGAUCGGUACUUGGACUACGGAAGAUGGUUUCAGUGAAGCUAGAAAAAUAAUUCCAGGAGUAGAACAGGAAGGAAGUGAAUCCAUGAAAGGCAAACACUUCAUUGUUCUAACUGCUUUGAGCGCGCCCUAUGGAAUGCUGAAGGAGUCUUCUAAAAAGCUAGAGGGCAACGAACGUUACGAAGGUUUUGGUAUAGAAAUCAUCGAAGAACUAGCAAAGAUGAAUGAAUUCAACUAUACAUUCGAUAUCCAAGCCGACGGCGUUUACGGGUCAUAUGACUCUAAGACUCGCAAAUGGACUGGAAUGAUGGAAAAGAUAAUGGACGGUAGGGCAGAUUUUGCAAUAACUGAUUUGACGAUAACAGCAGCGCGUCAAAAAGUGGUAGAUUUUACCAGUCCGUUUAUGAAUUUAGGCAUAACUAUCUUAUAUAAAAAGCCAACGAAGCAACCCCCUGACCUGUUCUCUUUCAUAUCCCCAUUUUCAUACCAGGUUUGGGGUUGGCUAGCUGGGGCGUAUGUUGGUGUAUCGGUAUUACUCUUCAUACUUGGACGAUUUGCUCCGGAAGAAUGGCAGAAUCCAUACCCAUGUAUAGCAGAGCCGGAAACUUUGGAUAAUCAAUUUACCAUAGCAAAUUCAUUUUGGUUUACCCUAGGAAGUGUGCUGACACAAGGAUCUGAAAUAGCACCCAUUGCAGUAUCGACAAGGAUGGCAGGCAGUAUGUGGUGGUUCUUUACUCUGAUUAUGGUAUCAUCAUAUACAGCUAACCUCGCUGCAUUUUUGACUGUUGAGUCAAAGUUUUAUGCGAUCAAAAGUGUAUCCGAUUUAUCGAACAAUCCAUACGGCAUAACCUAUGGAGCAAAGAAAGGAGGCGCAACUUUUAGUUUUUUCAAGGAGUCAGAUAACAUACUUUAUCAAAAAAUGUAUCAGUAUAUGGACGCACAUCCUGAAUUGAUGACACAAACGAAUGAAAUCGGACUCGAGAGAGUUAAAUCUGAAGACGAAAACUACGCCUUUCUAAUGGAGUCCACAUCGAUCGAGUAUAUGGUGGAGAGAAAUUGCGACGUUGCUCAAGUGGGAGGGCUAUUAGAUAGCAAGGGAUAUGGCAUUGCAAUGAAGAAAAAUUCUCCAUAUAGACAACCGAUGAGUGAAUCUAUAUUGCAGUUACAGGAACAAGGAAAGAUCAUGAGGAUGAAGGAUAAGUGGUGGAAGGAAAAAAGAGGGGGUGGUGCUUGUGCGGAUGACGACACAAGCAGCGGCGAUGCUCAGCCACUGGUGUUAGCGAAUGUGGGUGGAGUGUUCAUUGUCCUGGCAGCGGGUUCUGGUUUAGCUAUCGUUUGUGCCUUCAUAGAAAUGACUAUCAAUGUAUGGAUGAUCUCCCACAAAGUCAAGGUUUCAUUCAGAGAAGAACUGAUUGCGGAGUUGAAGUUCAUAUUCAGCUUCAGUGGAGACGUUAAGCCAGUUCGUCAUCGAGAGUCAACAGGAAGCGGAUCUAAAGGCUCUAAAAAAGAUGAUGAUAAGGAAGAAGACGAUGUCGAAUCUACUAGAGACGAUGACAGACUUGAUGCACAAACAGCGCAUUCUGAAAGAUCGAGUCACUCGCAUCACACAGCUCACAGUAGACGACAGAGUAAUGCAGUCCAGAUGGCGAAAAUGCGCAAGUACAGCCGACAAUUUUCAAAUAUGACAUAAGAAACUUAGCAAAUAAAUAAAUAUGUAUAUUUAUUACACUUAGUUCCUUUUUAACAUGUAACAAUUUUGAAAGACAAAUAGACUCAG